UCCUGAGGGCAUUUCAUCUGGGCAGAGGGCAGCUUUAACAGUCCUGUUCCCCUGUGCCCUGGCAGAGCCACCAUGACCCACCGCUGCAAGAGAUCCUCUGGUCUCUGGAAGAUCGUGGUGUGGGAUGAGCCUUUUUUCCAGGGCAAGAAGCUGGAGUUCACCACCGACUGCUACAGCAUCCCAGAGCAUGGCUUCAGCACUGUCCGCUCCUGCAGGAUCGAGAGUGGGGCGUGGGCAGGCUUCGAGCACUGCGGCUUCCAGGGGCAGCAGUUUGUGCUGGAGCGCGGCGAUUACCCGUGCUGGGAGGCGUGGAGCGGCAGCAACGCCUACCACGUGGAGAGGAUGUGUUCCUUCCGCCCCAUCGCCUGCGCCGACCACGGGCGCAGCCGGCUGAUGCUCUUCGAGCAGGAGAACUUCCAGGGCAAGCGGGCAGAGAUGAGCGACGACUGCCCCUCGCUGCCCGCCCUGGGCUGGGGCAGCAGCACCGUGGGCUCCUUCCUUGUCCGCUCCGGCGCGUGGGUCUGCUCGCAGUACCCGGGGUACCGAGGCUUCCAGUACCUCCUGGAGAGCGACAGCCCCGCGGGCGAGUACAAGCACGUGCGGGAGUGGGGCUCCCACGCGCAGACGGGCCAGGUCCAGUCCAUCCGCAGGGUCCAGCAGUGACCGUGGUGCCGGAGCCCCCGCACCAGCGGCCGCACGUCCUGGGCACUGCCUGUCCCGUGGUGCAGCGGGGGCAAAGCUCAAUAAAGGCUCAGUUGUCCAAGGCGGCGCUGGCAGUUGGGGAGGGGGGACCGUGACAGUGUGUGGUCGGGAGUGAUGUCAUGUGUGGGGGCAGAGGAGGGGCUCUGCAGGGGCAGGGACGGGGUGAGGGGUAUCUUUUCUGCCCCUACAUCCAGGACAUAUCCCUGUCCCAGGCAGGCAAAGCCCUGUACCAACCCGGCUGCAGGCUCAGAGGCUCUGCAGAACCCCCACACCCCACUAACCUGUAGACCCCAUCUGCUCCACCAGCACCUGCCAGGGGCUGGAAGGAG